AUCGCCAAGACGACAUGUCGUUUUAGGCUGUUCUAAACACCUCCUGGCCUUCCAACUUUCCCUCCUCACCCGCUUUCAAUGGAAGCCAGAGAAGAAGUUCACCUCCUUCAACCGCCGCCGGCGCCGGCGCCGACCUCUCCAGCUCACGAAGCCCUUCUCAGAGCAGGCCCUCGCCUCCGCCUCCUCCGACAAGCUCACGCCCACGUCGUCAUCUCCGGAUCACACCGCUCUCUAUCCCUCCUCACCAAGCUCGUCAACCUCGCCUGCGCCGCCGGCGCGAUUGGCUACGCGCGCCGGGUUUUCGUCACCGUGCCUGGGCCCGACUCGUUCCUCUUCAAUUCCCUCAUCAAGUCCUGCUCCAAGUUUGGCUUCCCCAAUGAUGCGGUCGCGUUCUAUCGCUGCUCGCUGCUCGAAGGCAUUCCCCCCAGUAAUUACACUUUCACGUCCGUUAUUAAGGCUUGCGCGGACUUGUCGGCUUCGAGGCUCGGUAGAGGCGUUCAUGCCCAUGCUUUGGCUUGUGGGUUUGGGUCGGAUCCUUAUGUUCAAUCGGCUUUAGUCACUUUUUAUGCGAAGUCGGGUCAUCUGAAUGUUGCCCGUCAGGUGUUCGAUAAAGUGGGGGAGAGAACAGUUGUUACAUGGAAUUCGAUGAUUUCUGGGUACGAGCAGAAUGGGUCUGCUAAGGAGGCAAUUGAAUUGUUUGAUCAUAUGAGGGAAUCGGGUAUUGAGCCAGAUUCAACUACAUUUGUGGGCGUUUUGGCUGCUUGUGCGCAAUCAGGAGCAUUGAGUUUGGGGAGUUGGGUGCAUGAGUAUGUUAUGGACAAUGGGUUUGAUUUGAAUGUCGUGUUAGGCACUUCUCUGAUCAAUAUGUAUGCUAGGUGCGGAAAUGUUAGCAAGUCGAGAGAAGUUUUUGAUUCAAUGAGGGAAAGAAAUGUUAUUGCUUGGACUGCUAUGAUAUCUGCAUAUGCGACAAAUGGAUAUGGAAACCAAGCAGUUGAGCUAUUUGAGCAAAUGCGACUCCGAGGCCCAUGGCCUAACAAAAUCACUUUUGUGGCGGUUCUCUCUGCAUGUGCUCAUGCCGGGCUAGUUGACGUGGGGCGUCAUGCAUUUGCAAGCAUGAAGAAAGAAUAUGAUGUAGAGCCAGGACUAGAACACUAUGUAUGCAUGGUUGAUAUGCUUGGGCGAGCGGGAUUUCUCGAUGAAGCUUAUGAGUUCAUUGAAAAAGAAAUUCCUAUGGAGCCUCCACCGGCUGUGUGGACUGCUAUGCUUGGGGCUUGCAAGAUGCAUAAGAAUUUUGACUUGGGAGUAAGUGUUGCCGAACAUCUCUUAGAUAGUGAACCAGAUAAUCCAGGUCACUAUGUCAUGCUUUCUAACAUAUAUGCCUUGGCUGGUCGAAGUGACAGAGUGCAAAGAGUUAGAAACAUGAUGAUACAGAGGCUGAAGAAGCAAGUUGGUUAUAGCAUUAUAGAAGUUGAUGGAAAGACAUAUAUGUUUAGCAUGGGCGACAAGUCUCAUCCUGAAACAAAUAUUAUAUAUGAGUAUUUGGAUGAGUUGAUGUUGAGAUGUACCCAGGCUGGUUAUGUACCAUUGGCUGAUUCAUUGAUGCAUGAGUUAGAAGGGGAGGAAAGGGAAUAUGCACUUAGAUUUCAUAGUGAGAAGCUUGCUGUAGCAUUUGGACUACUCAAAACUAGCCAUGGCAUGACCGUCACGGUUGUGAAAAAUCUACGUAUGUGUGAAGACUGUCACUUAGCAUUUAAGUACAUUUCAGUUGUUGCCAAGGAAAUUGUUGUUAGAGACAAGCUCCGGUUUCACCAUUUUAAGGAUGGGUCAUGUUCAUGUUUAGAAUUCUGGUGAUGUGGUCUACACUGAAGCUGGGUGUCAUUUGAUUCCUGUGACUUGUUGUGGUAUGGUGAAAAUCCACCUUUGAGGGUGUACAGAUGCUGAAUGAAGGAAUAAUCUUCACAUAAUUGGCAAUUGAGAGAGAGGUUUGCCCUUGCUAUCUUGCUGAAAACUCCUAAAUGGUUGUUACACUCAACUUGGUUAUAAUUUAUUUUAUACUUCUUCCAAAGAGAGAUGUGAAGACGAGGCUGUUAUAUUGGUGAUAUGUAUAACUAUUCCGAAGCAAGAACAUCCCACACUGAAAAAUGAUGGAUACAUCAAAGAAGGUCCCUCUCGUUAGGCAUGGCCUCAGCUUUUGGACUGAAGAAAGCUGAGUCCAGGUUUCUGUGUUAUCUGCAUGAGUUUUCAAAUAGUUAAUCUGGUGCCCUCACUGGGACUAAGAUUGCCUAAAGAACCAGCUCCAUGGCAGACCUCUCUGAAAUGUGCUGUCACGGUUUCUUUUUUUAGUUGAGGCAUGCUCAACCGUAUAGGAUAGCCAAGCAGAAUUCAAGAUCACAUAUGAAUGAAAUAAAUGAGAAUUACAUGCAAUGAGACUCAAGUAAAAAGAGAUCACUUUAUAAGUGAUUGAGUGCUGCGAAUGCUUUCUGCUUCGUGGCUUUGUUUUUUGAGUUGACAUGGCUGGCUGCAUCUUCUCAUGCACAUUACUUGCUUGAAACCUCUGGGGAAGCAUGCAACAGCCUCCAAACCGCUGCUGCAGAUAAAUGGGGAGGACGAACAGAAAACCAACACAAGGGGCAAUGAUAUCCCAAAUAGUGCAGGAGAUAUUUACCAUGGUGCAGUAGCAUGUACACUAAGUCAAGGUGUCCAGUGUAAUAUGGGCUUCAUAAAGAUGGCAAGUGCAGGGCAGCGAACACACUGUAAUGACGCCGAUGUAAAAGGAAGGAGACAGAACCUUCUCCACUGAGUUAACGUCAAGCAGUAUCUGGCAUAGCAGAAAACCGUCCAGGAUCAGACUGGACAUGGAGUUUCAGGAAACAAGAUAAUUGUGAGUUCACAAAAGACGCUCCUCAUGAGCAAGUCGAACCUGUACUUAAGAUAAGUUGCCAUACUUUCAUACCCUUCACAAGCUUUGGUGCGGUACAUUGAAGACCUAGACUAUCUUUAAAAAAAAUAAAAAAUAUAUAUCCAAAGCAACUAUCAAGUGAAUGGCUGCUUUUUAUAGUGCUAUAGCUAGGCCCGUCAAACGGACAGGUCGGGUAGGGCUGAAAAUGAUCUGAUUCAAUUUGUCUUAUUUGUUUUGACCCAUUUUCAUAUGAAAUGUAAAUUUAGUGAUGCAUAUUUGAUCUGGCCCGCACCAGACUAGGGAUCCUUUAUGUUUAGGCAAUUUUUCUUAUUAAUUUGUCACCUUUAAAUAAUGAAUGGUUCUAUAGAUCAGCUUGUCAAGUUGUCAGGGAGCUUGGCGGUCAAGUUAUGGAUAAGAGUGCGAAGGUAGUGGUGAAAGUUUGGCUUGGGCCAUCCGUUAAUCAUGAAGUGGGUUCCGGCUUAAGUUGGAUUAAAUGUAGACGGAUUCCAAGCCACCCAUAAAUUUUGAAAUAUGAAGCCAUCUUUUACCUUUCGUGAAAUGUCAGCAUGAAGGGGGAACUUCAAGCAAUAAUGGAUUGGGGUUGAGGUCAAGCUCAUAAUGGCGCAGCUCGAGUCCAAAACCCAAUGGACCCUGUCUCGUCCACAAGUAGGUUGAGCAACCAUCUCAUCUCAACUAGGUUGGAGCCCUAGGCCUUCUCAUGUGAAUUCAGAUAAGGGGUGAGUGGUUCCUUGUUGUUCCUAUUACUGGGGACCAGACCGAACCAUUGUCAUACCUCAUCCAAAUACUUUUGAACAAAUCCUGAACCAACAAGUCUAAUGAAGGCAGCAGUUGUAUGAUUA